AUGAGGAUUGGCAUACACUCAGGUGCCUGUAUGGCCGGCAUCGUAGUAACGCUGGCCAAUAAAAUGGAGAGCAAUAGUAAGCCGGGUCAGGUCCAUAUCAGCGACGAGACUAAAAGAUGUCUAUAUCAUUAUCUAUCAAAUUAUAUGAUGAUCAAUGAGGAUGGUAAUGGUCUGUACUAUGAGUACUACUGCAUUAUGUUUGUGCCAGAGGGCCAAUUGCCAGUGCAGUAG